AUGGUCCUUGGUGAAGAACACAGCGCCUAGCGAGCAGCACUGACAUUGAGGAACCAUGCAGGGCUUGAAUUAUGUUCCUGUCCUCUCUCUCUCUCUCUCUCUCUCUCUCUUCUUAAUCAUCCAUCUUUUAUGUUAGAACCUAUUAAAUGAGGCCUUGCUGCUGCUUCCCUACCUAUGCCCUUGAAUGGAGAUUGCUCAGUUUUGUGCCAGAGCCAACAUCCUUGUCCUGCUUCUUGCUCUCUUCUGUUCUCCAUGCAAGUUCAUCCAGAGUCCCAUGGGCUUGGACCCCUUAAACUUCCACCAGAACACAAACACGGCAUCCAUGGACUUCGGAAGGAUUCACUUCAGCUCUCCCUCGGCAAUUCUCAGACCCAAGUCCCCAGCAGACAUCUCCCUUCUCCUCAGCUUCCUCUCUGGUUCAUCCUUCAGUGAGGUCACAGUUGCCGCGAGAGGAGCUGGGCAUUCCAUCUAUGGCCAAGCCCAGGCACUGGAUGGCAUAGUCAUUGAGAUGGACGCUAUGCCUUCCAAUAUAGAAGUCCACAGGAAGGGAGAAGGGGAAGUUGAUGUCUCUUAUGUCGAUGUCAGUGGUGGAGCACUCUGGAUCGAGCUUCUGGAGGAGAGCUUGAAGCAUGGGAUGGCUCCAAGGUCAUGGACUGACUACCUCUAUCUCAGUAUUGGCGGCACUCUCUCCAUCGGUGGCAUCAGUGGCCAAGCUUUCAAGUAUGGCCCUCAGAUCAGCAAUGUCCUACAACUGGAUGUGGUGACAGGCAAAGGGGAGGUAGUAACUUGCUCCCCCACCAAAAGUUCAGAGCUUUUCUAUUCAGUUCUAGGUGGUUUAGGCCAGUUUGGCAUCAUAACAAGUGCAAGAAUCCUGCUUCAAGAAGCUCCAGAGAAGGUCAAGUGGGUGAGAGCCUUCUAUGAUGAUAUCCAGACCUUCACCCAGGACCAAGAACUGUUGAUUUCGAUGCCUAACUUGGUGGAUUACGUUGAAGGCUUCAUAGUUCUCAACGACCAAUCCCUCAACAGCUUCACAACCGCCUUCCCUGCUCACCUACACUUCGCACCAGAGUUCCACAGUGAAGGCCGUUCGAAGGUCUACUACUGCAUUGAGUACGCUGUCCAUGACCACAGUUCCAAGGACAUCGACACAGAUCAGGUGGUGGAGGAGGUUUCGAGGCAGAUGAGGAACUUGCCAUCUCAAUUGUACACUGUGGAGGUCUCCUACUAUGAUUUUCUCAACAGGGUUAGAAUGGAGGAGAUGAGCCUGAGGAGUGCUGGGCUGUGGGAAGUGCCUCACCCUUGGCUCAACAUGUUCGUGCCCAAGUCUGGAAUCAGUGAGUUCAUCGACUUGCUCUUCGAGAACAUUUCUGCAGAGGAAUUUGAGGGCCCUGUCCUCAUCUACCCAGUUCUAAGAGACAAGUGGGAAAGGAACACAUCAAUGGUGCUGCCGGACGCCGCUGACGACCAGGUGGUGUACAUCGUCGGCAUGCUCCGGUCGACCAACCAGGACAGCUGCCCAGCCGACUGCCUGCAGAACCUCCUCCAAACCAACCUCCGCAUCACCGGAGCAGCCUCCGACGCCGGAGCCAAACAGUACAUCCCGCACCACUCCUCGCCGGCGGGAUGGUUCAGCCACUUCGGCCGUCACUGGAACCGGUUCGCGGGGCGCAAAGCUCAGUUCGACCCGAUCGGUAUCUUGGCGCCCGGGCAGGGAAUAUUCUCUAGAAGGUCCGUCUCUUCCUCGUAGCAAGUAACAAGCACCAAAAGGAGAAAAAGAGAACAAGAUCAGAAACCAGUUUUUAUCAGGGGUUGUAUCGUCAACAGGAUCCACAUGGUUUCCCAAGGUUCACAGGAGGUGUGCUCAAGAAACACAAGUUCUUGCCUUGCUUGGUACACAGAAUUAGAUCACAGAUCUAAAUUCCCAGUCACAUCCAAUGCUGCAGCCCAACUGUUUGGACAGUCUCUCGAGUUGAUUUCUCAAGGCCAGGGCCAUGCCCUGCUUAAAGGACACACUGCAUGUGGAGUUGCAUGCUCUCUGCUUCGACAUGGGGAGAUUCUGUUGCAUCUGUUUCAUGGCAUCUUGUAUAAUUAUCAACUUUAAUGAUGGUGAAGACUUUCUCUCUGGAAGUAGGUUGAUCUGUUGGUUCACUGCAUGAGUAACUGAAGCAUGCAGUCUUAUAAUUGUAUCAAUUUCAGAAGUUAACUUCGAUUUUAAUGCUAAGUUACUGACAGAUUUUAAGCCAAA